AUGCCGGUGUGCGAGCAAGCCGCGACGUACGAUCCUAGUGGACCGAAGGAGUUGCCGCGGCCGGUCAAGUACGUAGAAGAAUGGCCGUCCUCGCGCGUCAGAGAUACCUUCGUCAACUACUUCAUCGAAAAGCAGGGCCACGUGAACUGGCCGUCAUCGCCAGCGGUGCCUGUCAACGACCCCACGCUUCUCUUCGCAAACGCGGGCAUGAAUCAAUACAAACCGAUUUUCCUGGGCAAGGCUGAUCCGAAGACGGCGUUUGCCAAGCUCACCAGGGCGACGAAUACGCAAAAGUGCAUUCGCGCAGGCGGGAAGCACAACGAUUUGGACGAUGUUGGAAAAGACACGUACCAUCACACCUUCUUUGAGAUGUUGGGUAACUGGUCUUUCGGCGAUUACUUCAAGGAAGAAGCCAUCGGUAUGGCGUGGGAUCUUCUCACGAAUGUGUACGGUCUCGCGCCCGAUCGCUUGUAUGCGACGUACUUUGGCGGUGACGAGUCGCAAGGCUUGCAACCCGACUUAGAGGCCAAGGCAAUUUGGUUGAAGUAUCUUCCGGAGUCUCGCGUCAUGCCAUUUGGGUGCGCGGACAACUUCUGGGAGAUGGGCGACGUCGGCCCGUGCGGUCCAUGCACUGAGAUUCACUAUGAUCGCAUCGGUGGCAGAGACGCGGCCUCCUUGGUGAACAUGGAUGACCCGAACUGCCUCGAAAUCUGGAACGUCGUGUUCAUUCAGUACAAUCGCGAAGAGGGCGGUGUUCUCAAAUCGCUUCCCUCGAAGCAUGUCGACACCGGUAUGGGUUUCGAGCGUCUGACGUCGAUCUUACAAAACAAGAUGAGCAAUUACGAUACGGAUGUCUUUAUGCCCAUCUUCAAGGAGAUUCAGCGCAUCAGUGGUGCCGCACCCUACACUGGCCUUCUCGGCAAGGAGGACGUCGGGGAGAAAGACAUGGCUUACCGCGUUGUCGCUGAUCAUAUUCGCACAUUGUCCAUCGCCAUCGCCGAUGGCGCGGCUCCCGGGUCAGAUGGCCGCAACUACGUGUUGCGUCGCGUCCUUCGCCGAGCGGUCCGCUUCGGACGUGAGAAGCUCGGUGCAAAGCAAGGUUUCUUUCACAAACUCGUCCCGUGUUUGAUUCAGCAGCUUGGAGCUGUAUUCCCAGAACUCGUCGCCAAGCAAACGCACAUUACCGAAAUCAUCGCCGACGAAGAGGAGUCGUUCGGCCGAACGCUCCAAAAGGGUAUCGACCAAUUCGGCAAGGUUCUCGCGGCGGCUAAGCAAGAAGGUAGAACAGUGAUUUCUGGUCCGGAAGCGUUCUUGUUGUGGGAAUCGUAUGGUUUCCCGAAUGAUCUUACGGAGCUUAUGGCCGAGGAGAACGGUUUUACGCUCGACAAUGAAGGUUUCGCGCAGGCGUUUGCCGAAGCGCAAGAAAAGUCUCGCGCCGGCGGUAAGAAGUCUGGAGGUGUGCAGUUGCUGUUCGAAGCGGAAGCCACUGCGUGGUUGCAAAACAAUGGUGUGGCAAUCACGAAGGAUGAAGAAAAGUACGCAAGCGGACGACCGACGCUCGAAAGCACCGUCACCGCCAUCAUGUCGCCAAGCGGAUUCAUAAAAUCCACCUCCGACGCCGAAGGACCUUACGGGUUCUUCAUGGACGCAACGACGUUUUACGCCGAGUCGGGUGGUCAAGUGUGUGACUCGGGUUUGAUUACCACCCCGAGUGGCUCGAUGUCCGUAUCGGAUGUCAAGGUUGCUGCGGCGUACGUGAUGCACACCGGCGACGUAUCCGGCACAGUGAGUGUUGGCGAUGCCGCGAAGUGCGCAGUCGAUUAUGACCGUCGAGAUAACAUCAUGCCCAACCACACGAUGACGCACGUGCUCAAUUAUGCGUUGCGCAAGGUGAUGGGUGAUGGUGUCGAUCAAAAAGGUUCGUUAGUAGAUGAAGAAAAGUUGCGAUUCGAUUUUUCUCACAACAAGGGGGCGACGACGAAACAAAUUGCUGAAAUCGAGGCCAUCGUGAACGAGCAAAUCAAAUCAAAGCUCGCAGUAGACAAACGCGAGGUAGCGUUAGACAAGGCGAUGACUAUCAACGGUUUACGCGCGGUGUUCGGUGAGGUGUACCCCGACCCCGUUCGUGUGGUGUCUGUAGGUCCGAGCAUCGACGACUUGCUCGCCAACCCGUCGGAUGACAAGUGGAAAAACUACUCCAUAGAGUUCUGUGGCGGCACCCACUUGGCGUCGACCGAUUUCGCGGAGCAAUUCGUCAUUCUUGAAGAAAGUGGUAUCGCAAAGGGUAUUCGUCGCAUCACCGGGGCGACGCGCGAAGGGGCUAAAGCGGCGCUCGCGCGCGCUGCGGACGUUCUCGCUCUGGUGAAGAGUUGCGAUUCGUUGUCCGGCGAAGCGCUCGACAAACAACUGGGUGUGUUGAAAAACGUCGUCGACACUGAAGUUCUUCCCGUCAUUCAGCGCGAGGAAAUUCGUGCCGCUGUCACUAGUCAAGUCAAGCGAGUCCUGGACGCGCAAAAGGAAGCCGCCGCGGCGGCCAAGGCGCAAGCCAUCGUAGACGUUCAAGAAAAAACCGCCGCGACAAAGUCUGCGGGUGCAAAGUACUUUGUCGCCACCCUGGCGGACGGUACUGAUGCUGGCGCUAUGAAGGAAGCGGCGGCGGUCGCUUUCGCCGAAGGUAUCGCGUGCACACUCUUGGCGAACUGCAAGGGUAAAGAGUUCGUUUACUGCAGCGUGCCUCCGGAUGUCGGCAUCGACGUCAAGGGCUGGCUUGCGGCGUCGUGCGGCCCGCUCGGUGGUAAGGGUGGCGGCGGUAAGGGUGGUUUGGCGCAAGGUCAAGGACCGAACGUCGACGCUGUUCCAGAUGCCGUCGCCGCCGCCGAAGCGUUCGCGAAACUCGCCAUUUAA